AUGGCUCCAUCCUCCUCAGAUUCCCAACAACCACAACCCCCGCCGGCCCAGCCGCAACUCUACGAGCCACAACAACCGCCCGCGCAACAACAACAGCAACCGCCCUCCUCCUCCUCCUCCUCCUCCUCCUCCCUCUUCUCCACCCGCACCCUCAAGCAGCUGGGCGUCUUCUUCGUCGGCGCCGGCUUCCUGACCUGGUCGACCCUCCUCGCCCGCCGCGCCGUCCGCCGCCGCACGGCGGCCGCCUACCCAAAGCUCUUCGACGAGAGCUACCUGCGGCCCGACGCGGCCCCCCGCCGCGACCCGGACGGGCCCCUCAUCGCCCUCGAGGCGCUCAACCUCGCCACCCUGAGCGUCCUGAGCUGGGGCAUCAUGAUGACGGGGGGGCUGGCCUUCGCCUUUGACGUCUCGAGCGCCGAGGAGAUGCGCGCCCGCGCCCGCGCGCAGCUGCUCGGCAUGGGGCCCGACGGCGACGGCUCUGGCAAGGCGCCCCAGACGGAGGAGGAGGCCGAGCGCGAGGUGCAGGAGUUCCUGGCCAAGGUCUACUUCCGCCGCAAGGACGACGACGACGGCGAGGGCGCCGGCGCCGGCGAGGCGGCCAGCGAGCUCGACAAGUGGGUGGCGCGGGUGCUCAGGCUCGAGAAGGACGAGGGCAAGAAGGAGAAGAUGAGGGAGGAGUUCGCCGAGGCGAGGCAGAAGUGGAAGGACCAGUGGCACGAGGCCCAGGCCGCGGCGCGCGCGAGGGACGAGGCCGCGGCGGCGCGGGCGGACUCGCUGCGGACGGUAGGCGGCGGAGACAAGAAGGAAGCGGUCAUAGACAACACGAGGAGAUGA